CUCUUACUCUCUCCUCACUCUCUCAAGCUCUCUCUCCUUUUGAUCACUUGGGUCCCUUGCUCCGCUCUCUCUCCUUUACUCCCACACCGCUCUGUCAUUCACUCACACACUCACACCAGCGCUCCCUGGGCACCGACUCCGCCAUCGGGGGGAUCCUCUUCGUGUCUGUGUUUUGUCAGGUGGACGCGCUCCCCACAGUCACCAUUUCCACUCCGGAGGGUUCCACGCUGGCAGCACAGCCCCUUCCCCGGCUGAGCAUCGGGCGGAAGACCCUGGUGGCAGCUGCUGUGGGGGUCAUGCUGGUCCUGGUUCUGGUGGUCCUCAUACCUGUGCUGGUCAGCUCCGUUGGCACAGGCGGCACGGAUGACAGCGCGAGCCACUACGAGAUGCUGGGGACCUGCCGGAUGGUCUGCGACCCCUUCCCCAGCACGGGAACGAUGGGAACGGGUGUGCAUGCGGGCACAGAUACAUCAACCACAGGCCUGCAUGUGGACAAUGAGGCAGACCUGAGUGAUCAUAGCGUUGGCCCACCGCUGCCCACCUACAGUGCUCAUGGCUCACAUGGCAAACCAGGACGUCCUGGUAAGCCUGGACCCCCAGGACCACCUGGAGAGCCAGGUCCACCAGGACCCAAGGGACCGCCAGGAGAUAGUGUGGACAUAGUACGGACCGGGAUACUCGGCUUAGGGGGAAAAGGGGCAGUUAGCACAACCAUGUACAACACCAUGCCGCGGGUCGCAUUUUAUGCGGGACUACGAAACCCCCAAGAAGGUUACGACAUUCUGCGCUUUGAUGAUGUGGUGACUAAUAUUGGUGGUAACUAUGACGGCGCAACAGGCAAGUUCACCUGUAAGAUCCCUGGCACCUACUUUUUCAUCUACAAUGUGCUGAUGAGGGGGGGAGAUGGCACCAGCAUGUGGGCUGACCUGAUCAAGAAUGGUCUGGUCAGGGCCAGCGCCAUUGCCCAAGACCAGGACCAGAGUUAUGAUUACGCCAGCAACAGUGUCAUCCUUCAUUUGGAUGCGGGCGAUGAGGUUUUCAUAAAACUGGAUGGAGGCAAGGCUCACGGCGGCAACAGCAACAAGUACAGCACCUUUUCGGGUUUCAUCCUCUAUGCCGACUGAGGACUGGCGGACGUGGGCUCAGAGGCGAGAGGUCGCGGCCGGAGGGCGCCCAUUAACUCUUGCGCUAAGGCUAACGUUGCCCAUAGCCACUGAUCCGGCCGGAGCCGCGGAUCCGUGGUCAUCGGUAACUGCCAUCCUCCUCAUCCAUACGUUCCCCCCGAGUGCGAGGCGCCUGUGCCACAACUCAGGCGGACGUGAGCAGCGUGACGCUGACAGUCACUCCCAUGUGUCACGCUGAGGUACAGUGACAAUUCUGACAGUGCAGACGGCCUCACCGUCAUUUCUGAGCUGUCAUUUCACAUUCACGUCUGGAAAUCCAGUCCUGCGGUGUUUGUAACUGUGCUGUUUAGAUUUGUGUUGCAAUUAAGUUCGUGUUGUGUUCCAGUGAGGAAAAUAUGCACGGUUGUCAAAAAGCGGACGCCAAGGUGAGAUUAUUAAAAUGUAAACAGUAGAAACAAUCAUGGAGUCAGCGCAUUAUACUUGGCAUGUGGAUAAUGUAUAAAAUGUACAUUUAUUAUUGAGUCCAGGUAGUGUCUGUAAUAGCCAAUAGAUAUUUCACUGUUAUAUUAUUUAAUGUGCUAAUGGUGUAAAUAUGUAUUUAUUAUUUAUUUCAUGCAUGAGACACGUGUUGAACCUUUCUGUGUAUUUUAAGUGAUUUUAAGCUACUGUAUUUGUCGGCAUGAGGAGCAUCUGUUGCUGUGGCUUUUACUUUUAAUGUCCAUGAUUUUUCAUUAAACUGGGAAUUUUUCGCUAAUGUCA